GACGUACACUCAUACUCAGCUUGAGUGAGUAAGUGAAGGGAGUGUAAGUUCAAGUGAGAAACAGGCCUGGGUGACAUUUGAGGCAGUUGCAAGCUUUCUGUUCACAUCUGACAAAAAAAGAAAGAAAAAAUUGAUAUUCUUUUCAGAAGGUUUUUUUUUUGGAUGACCAGAGGAUAUUAUUAACUUUGAGUUCAGCUUUUUAAGCCCCUUCGUUUUUUCCCCCCUUAAUAAUUAUAUAUCCAGAUAAAGAUAUCAAAAUAUAUAUACCACAUUUAAUUUCUUUCUCUCUCACAGGCGUUGAGUGCAAAAUAUGACGGGGCGUGUCGUAAUUAUAACAGGAGCCAACUCCGGCAUUGGAUUUGAGGCAGCUCGUUUGCUGUGCGAAGGUGGUAACGAUGUGAUCCUUGCCUGUAGGAAUGAAGAUAAAGGAAAAGCUGCUGUGGAGAAAAUUCUCAGCAAGAAUCCAAAUGCUUUGGCAACUUUCAUGCAGCUGGAUCUUGCUGACAAAGCUUCUAUCCAUAAACUUGUGGAAGAUUUCCAUAAAACAGAAAAGAAAUUGCACGUCUUAAUCAAUAAUGCUGGCUGCUUCCUGAACCCUAAAGAGACAAAGCGCCAGUUCACUAAGGACAACUUUGAAUUAACAAUGGGUACAAAUCACUUAGGACCUUUCUUGUUAACCAAUCUGUUAUUGCCUGAUCUGAAGAAAACUGGGGAAGAAAAUGGAGAUUCCAGAAUCGUUACUGUAACAACUCAUCUUCAUGACAAAUCUGUCACCAGACGACGACCAGUUGUUGAAAACUUGGAUAUUGACAAUUUCUUCUUGGAGAAGGAGAAUACUUACAACUCUCACCAAGCAUACAAGAACUCUAAACUGGCCAACAUAAUGUUCACCUAUGAACUUGCUAAGCAGUUGGAGAACACUGGCGUCACUGCAAACUGCCUUUGCCCAGGUUUUAUUCCAACAACAGAAUUAACUCGUAACACCAGCAGCGCUCAGCGCUUCUACCGCAAGUUUGUCCUUCAUGGACUUCUCCGUUUCACAAAGAUGACCAGAACUGUGGAACAAGGUGCCAAAGCUCUUGUUGAAAUGGCAACUGGAGAGAAAUUAAAAAAUGUUAAUGGUAAAUACUACAAAGAACACCAGGAACUGAAGUCUUCUGAAGAAUCCCAGAAUGAGGAAAUGCAGAAGAAAGUCUGGGAGCUGAGCGCCAGGUAUUGUCACUUGGAAGGUUUUGAAGCUUUGGACGCACCGGCUCCACCUCCACCAGAAGAACCAAAAGAGAAAUCUAAGGAAAAAUCCAAAUCUGAAGAAGAGAAGAAGGAAGGCGGUGAGGAGAAGGCUGAGGAAGAUAAGUCUGAGAAGACCGAAGAGAAGGCUAAAGAUUCUGAGGAAAAAGGUGAUAAGGAAGCAACCGAGACUGCUCCAGCUGAGACUGAAGAAGCUCCAAAGAAGGUGGAAGAGGAAGACGACCUGAAGAAAGGUACCCCAGCAACGGAGAUCACUCCAGCUGCGACUGAAGUGGCCGCCUAAGGAGAGGGCCAAAGAAUUAGUGAAAACUAAAUGAAUUAGAGGAUUUGAAAAACAAAACAAAACAAAACAACAAUAACAACAGAAAAAAAAAACACUAAACAAAAGCCACAAAGAAAAUCUCUUAUAAUAAUAAUAAUAAUACGAAUAACAUCUCAGCAAAAUAAUAUUGGUAAUGAUAAUAAUAAUAAUAAUAAUAAUGAUGGUUUUGGAAUUGUAUGUGACUGGCUUGUCACUGCUUCACAUUAAUAGAAGUUAGUGUGAGAAAAAGAAGAGAAAAAAAAAAUGAAUAAAGUACCAACACAUUUCAACAAAACAAAUAAUAAUAAUAAUGAUUAAAAAAAAUGAACAAAGCAACUACAGCAACACGAAAAACAUUAAAAAAUCAAAAAAAAAAGAGCCCCUCCCCUCAAAAAAAAAAAAAUUAAAAUGAUUUCCAAUUUUUUAAAAUUUUAUUUAGCUUUGUCUAAAUAAUAAUGAUGAUGAUAAUAAUAAUAAUAAUGAUAAUUGCUCUUGUAUAUUUUAAUUUUUUUUUUCUUUUUGUUUUGUGUUCCCAGCCUCUCUUUUGUUGGCACCGUCUGUUUUGGUCCCUGAAUCUUGCUAAAGUUUAUGUGACACUGUACAUGUGUGUGUGUGUGUGUGUGAUGUAUAUGUAUACAUAUAUGCAUUUAAAUGUGUGCGUACACAACACACACACACAUAUAUAUAUAUAUAUGUAUAUAUGUGUGUGUGUAUAUAUAUAUGUGUGUAUUUAUAUAUACAUAUAUAUGUGUAUAUAUAUAUAUGUGUGUGUAUAUAUAUAUAUAUAUAUAUAUCGUACACGCACACACACACACACCUCCCCCUUCGCCUUUUUCAAAUGGUUAAUUAGGAAGAAAAAUAAAUAAAUACACUGAUGUGCUGCUGUAAAAUUUGCAUUUGAUCCUUGUAAUCAUUUCUUCAAACCCCUUACAUCUUCUCUUUCUUUCUCACUCUCUCUCUCUCUCUCUCUCCAUAUGUAAUCUCCUUUCACUCUUUCCUCAUCUGCAUUUCCUCCUCUUCCCAGCACUGCCAGACAAAUGAAAAAAAAAAUGGUAUAAAAAAAACAACCAAAAAAAACCCAAACAAACAUGCAAAAACCAAGAAUAAGCUUUCAAAUAAAGUAUUAAUUAACGAGAUAUGAUGUAUCUGUUGCUUACUCGUUGAGCAAUAAUUAACUAAAAGGCUUGAUUGAG